AUGUUUAUUUGGUUCUUCCAUUUUCAUUUUUUAGGAAUAAUUGUUGAAGCGUAUCAUCUUUAGCAUUUUGUGACUUCAACAAUUUCUGGUGACGAGGGUAAAGACUAUCAUAUUCAUUUAGGAUGGUUAAUUAAAAACCCUUACAAUGGAGCUACUGUUCAUACAUACGAUUGUGGAGGAAACAUAAUUUUUGGGGGAUAUCAGAAAUUUGGAUGUUAUUUGUCAACAAAAACUUAAAUAAUGAAAUAUUUCAUGCUUCCACCUCAUUACAAGGUGCGUAUAGAUAUCAACUUUUGGAAGUUUUAAUAUUAAUAUAUCUUAAGAAUUGAUGAUUGGCCAAGUGCAUAGCUUUUUUAUAUAAUUGUAGAUUAAUGGACUUAAUCUUGGUAUUUUACAGAUAAUACAGGAUCAAAUAUAUGUGCUGAUACUGGUUCGGACUAUAGUUCUUCAUAAUAUAAUGAUUUCCCUCUACAUACAUUAAAUUCAAUAAUUGUAGAAUUAUACUCAGAUUGUUCAACAACAGUAUUAGUUAUUUUUUAAUUUUAAGAACUUUUGGGGACUUACUAAUUUCUCUAUAACGUUAAAUGAAUGUUACUUAGGAUGCCAGUUUUGUUUAGAUUCUACAACUGAUUGUAUCAUGUGGAUAUUGUGGAAAUCAUUUUUUCAACUACAGAACCUUGAUGAUGGUCUUGAAGGUUGGAUUAAGAAUAAGUUUCCUACUUUUACAUCAUAAACCAAUGAUUGUAAGUAUGUAAAGUAAUUAGAGUUUAACUUAAAAUGCUUGUCUUAAAUCAACGGGAUUCUGCAAUAACUUAUCUUACACUACCAGAUCAUCUUUCCUUAAUAAUACAAUUUAGAAUUGAAUAUCUUUCAGCUAUGCCCAUAACAGUUAGAGUUUACAUCGAUAAUGAACGGAAAUAUGGACUUACUAGUUAUAAAAAGUAGGUUGAUUAUAGAACAUUGGUAAUUGAUGAUACUAAAAAUCAAAUUAAAUUAGAUAUAUAUAGCGUAGAUGGCACAGUGGGCAUUCGUGAAUUGUCAGUCAUUCUUCGAGGGCCAAUAAACUUAAUUUAAUGUAUUGAUAAUAAUUUAGUACCUUUUGAUGGUUGUUUUGCUAAGUAAGAAUCAUGUUUGGAAGGGUGUACAUUUUGUGUAAAAGGAGAAUGUCUGAUGUGUGAUACUAGUUGGGAUUAUAAUAGUUUAAAUAAAAAUUGUGAACCAUCUUGCGGAGAUAAAAUAAUCACAGGAAAUGAGUUAUGUGAUGAUGGCAAUGACAUCCCUUAUGAUGGGUGUCAUGAGUGUUAGUUUUCAUGUCCUAAGAAUUGCAAAAAUUGUUAAUUUGGUUAAUGUUAGACAUGCGACUUAGGAUAUCAUUACUCUAAUGGAAUAUGUAAUCGAAAUUAUGAAAAAUUACCAUAAGAUUAAAUUUAAGUUGAUUAUAAUUAACGUUCAUAUUUUAUAGAGGAAACUGAAAUUGUCAUUUGUGGGGAUGGAAAAGUUCAAUAGGAUGAAUAAUGUGAUGAUGGAAAUAACAUUUCAAAUGAUGGAUGUUAUAAUUGUAAUUUCUAAUGUACAUUAAACUGUUAAGAAUGCAAUUUUGGAGUUUGUUAAUAUUGUAGUCCAACAUAUGAAUUAAUAAAUGGUAAAUGUUUGGAAUUUCAAACAUAAUUUAGAUUUCUAAAUUGUAUUAGAUCAGAUAUAAAUGAAAAUCAGAUUUCUGAUGUUACUUAUUGUGAUGAUUAUGACAUUACAUAUAAUCUUGAAAUAUCUGGAAUUUAAAAGUAAAAUAUAGUAUUUUAAUGUCCCUAAUAUUGUGAAAUUUGUGAAAAUGGAAAAUGUAAAAAAUGUUUGGUUGAUUAUUUUCUAUUAAAUAAUUUAUGUAUUACUUAAAUUACAAAAGGAGCACUUUUAUUUAAAGAUGAACUACAAUUGAGUCUAAUUGAAAUUGGAUGCUAUAAAUGUAAUGAUAGUUGUCAAAUUUAAUGUCUUUAAUGUUAGAAUUCAUAUUGUUUUUCUUGUAUUUAAGGAUGGUAACUUAUUGAUGGAAUAUGUCAAUAAAUAUGUGGAGAUAAUUAAGUAGCUAUUUUAUCUAAAGAAGAAUGUGAUUCAGAUUUAAAUGAUUGUGUAAAUUGUAAAUUUAUUUGUCCAGAAAAUUGUUAAAUUUGUAUUAAUUCAAAAAAAUGUCUUAUUUGUGAGUAGCCUUAUGUUGAAAUUAAUAAUGAAUGUUAAUUAAUAUGUUUAACAGAGUGUUAGAAAUGUAUUAAUGGAAUAUGUCAUGAUAAUUGUUUAAAUGGAGAGAUUAAUAUUGAUGGCAUUUGCUAUUCAAUUUGCGGUGAUGGAAUAAAAUAAUAAAAAGAAUAAUGUGAUGAUGGAAAUAAUAUAUAAUUUGAUGGAUGUUUUAAUUGUGAAUAUUCUUGUCCUAAAUAUUGUUUAAAUUGUGAAGAAGGAAUCUGUUUAGAGUGUUAAUAAUAUUUUUAAUUAAUUUAAAAUACUUGUUAUGAUGGUUGUGGAAGUGGAAUAAAAUCUUAUGAUGAAGAAUGUGAUGAUUAAAAUAUUAAUAAUGUAGAUGGUUGUUCUUCUAAUUGUAAAAUUGAAAUUGAUUAUAAAUGUUAAGACAAAACUAAUAGUUACACAGAAUGUUAAUACUUUGAAUCUCCUUAUAUGAUAGUCUAAUUCUUAAAUUAAACAUAUAAUAAAUAUUAUAUUUAGGUUUUAUUCUCAUAAAAAAUUUAUUUUAGGGAUAAUUAUGAUUUAAAAUCUCUUUUUGAAUUUAGUGUUAAUGAAGCAAGUUCAGAAGAUUUUGCAACAAAAUUAGUAUCCAAUUACAAGCCAGUUAUUAAUUAAAUUUUAAACUUUUAAUUUUAGAUAGAAAUAGAAUUCUUUUUAACAACUAAUAAUAGUCUAAUAAGUUUAUAAAUAUCUCUGCUGAAUGAGGUAUUUAAUUAAUAUGAUAUGAAAUUAAUAAAUCCAUCUGAAUAAAUAUUACUCAAAUAAUAUACUAAACUUAGUUAAUCUGAUGUUGAAAAGACAAAACAACUCUCUUAAUAUUAAGAAAUUAUGAUUAUAGCUUAAGGAAUUGGAAGUGUUGUAGUAUUAAUUUCUGGAAAUUUCUAAUUUUUUGUUGAAAUAUUGGAUAACUUAUAGUAUCAAUCAUAUUUAAAGUACACUAAUAUUAUUUAUCCUGAAAAUCUCUACAUCUUUUUUGAAACAACUAAUUUAAUAAGCAUCAUUCCAAUUUUAGAUCUUUUAAAAAUUAGUCAAUUUUAUUAAAUAUUUCAAUAUUAAGACUUUAUUGAGUCUUAUGCUAAAUUAAAGUUUUAUAACUUAAAUGCUCAUUUAAUAACUAAUCUACAAUUUUUCGUCAUUUAGGUUAUAUUAACCUUUAUAUUUGUAAUAAUAUUAAAAGUCAUAUGCUAAAUCCUUUUUAGAUUAAUCCAUAAAAUCCAAUUUUAACAUUUGCUUAUUUUUAAACUAAGAUCUUUAAAAUCAAAGAUACUGAUUAAAUCACUAAAUUGGAUAUAUAUUUUUUUUCAUUUUAUAAUGAUUUUUGUGUAUUAAUUUUAUUAAGAUGGAGGAGAGGGUUUAUUAUUAGCAAAUGCUUGGGAUUUACUAUUUAAAACAUUUUCAUAUUUAGAGUCCUCAUCAAAUUAAGAUAUUAUUUCUCGAAUAUAAACUAUUAUAUCUUAUUUAACUUUGGCUAUUGCAGGAAAGUUUAUUAUCUCAUCAUUAAAGAGAGGCUUUACAAGAAAAAACUAUAACUUAAAUUAUAGAUAUAAGGCAGUAUACUUACUUAAACAAUUUUUUUUUUGCUAUUUCCUAAUAUGUUUUCAAAAUCAUUCAUUAAUUUAAUUAAUAAUGUUAACUACAACAAAUAUGAUAUAUUUAUGUUUAUUAAUAUUUGUAGAAUUCAAUUUAGAAAAAUUGGAUAAAAUUUAAAUUAUUAUAUUAGAAAUUUCAAUUAUAACCUUUACUUUGACAUCAAUAUUUCAUUUAACAGAUUACAAUUAUUUAAUUAGCGAAGAAAAUAAAAUAAUUUUAGGCUUUGCUUAAAUUUAUAUUUUGAUUUCUGGUUUAUUAGGAAUUUUCAUUAAAUAGAUAAUUAUUUUUUUGUAAAAAAUUAAGCAUAGAUGCCUUUAAUAUAAGAAGAAGGAGGAAGUUUCCCAAAGAGUUUCACAUUUAAUUUUUGAAACCGUUAAAUGA